AUGGAUUUCACAUUCUUCAAUGGCAAUUCAAGAGGCGUCUCUGAGCUGGAGAGGAAAUCCCAGCUCCGCCGUCAGGAGAGCACUCGAUCUCUGGGGUCAACAUACUUGAACCGCUCCCUCUCCAUCCGCUCCACCAAAACCGGCACGCCCGGCACGGCAAGCACACCGGGCCCCUCCAAACGCAAGGGCUUCUCCUUCGCCUCGCUGCGGGGGUCGAUCCAGCCGGAGCUCUCGCGGCGCCUGUACCAGCUGAUCAAGUCGACAAACAACCUGGUGUCGGCGCACGAGGCGGCGGGGCGCGAGCGCGAGUCGAUCGCGAAGCAGCUGUCGGAGUGGGGCGAGCAGACGGGCGACGAGGGGGUGUCGGACAUCAGCGACAAGGUCGGGGUCGUGCUGUCGGAGCUGGGCGCGCAGGAGGACGCGUACGCGCACGGCCUCGACGACGCGCGCGCCGUGCUCAAGACCAUCCGCAACACCGAGAAGAGCGUGCAGCCGAGCCGCGACGCGAAGGGCAAGAUCGCCGACGAGAUUCAGAGGUUGAAGCUGAAGGAGCCGCAGAGCCCGCGCCUGGUCAUUCUGGAACAGGAGCUGGUUAGGGCGGAGGCGGAGAAUUUGGUUGCCGAGGCGCAGUUGACGAAUAUUACUCGCAACAAGCUGAAGGAAUCUUACGACACCGAAUUCGCCGCCGUCAUCGAGCGCGCCGAGAAACAGAUCAUCCUCGCCAAGCACGGCCGGCGGCUCCUCGAGCUCCUGGACGACUCCCCCGUCACGCCUGGCGAUCCCCGCCGCGCCUACCAGAACGGGGCUGCGGCACGCCAGGUCCUGAACGAUGCCGAGGACGACCUGAAGGCCUGGGACAAGAACGUGGAUGAGCCGUACUCCCUCGUCGAAGAGGAGACGACGACGGGUGCUGGGACCGGUGUUCCUGCUAGUGAGGCUGGAGAUGGAGCAAUUGCUGCCGAGCCGCCGUAUGUGAGCCCCACGCCAACUUCGAAUUAUGAUACUCAAGAUCACACGAGGAGCCCUGCGCCAUAA